AUGCUGAAGUACACCCAGAGACCUGAAGGCUGGAGACUAGUGCUUGUCUUCGACUCAAUUGACCGCCAGAGAGACGCACCUCCGACUCUACUUCCCGCAUUGGCGAGGUUGUCCGAAAUAAUACCAUGCCUGACCUGCGUCUUCAUCGUCACCGCCCCCUCUCCCUCCUUCCUCCGAUCUCCCCUCGCACCUCACAUUCAGUUUCCAAACUACACGAAACAAGAAUUCGUUAAGAUUCUGUCCGCCUCUCCCCCGCCGCCGACCCCAACUACGACGCAAGAUGACACAAAUUUCCUCUGGACUCGCUUCUGCGGUGCCGUAUGCGAUGCGCUCACAAACUCGGCCGCACGAACUUUGCCCUCGUGCCGGCACAGCUGCGAGGCCCUCUGGCCGCGUUUCGUGGCACCAAUACUGGCGAGAACGCAUGGCCCGCGCGAGUUCUCCAAGCUCCUCAUUGCAUCCCGCGUGCACUUCCAGGAUGAGACGCUUCUGAACCCAAGCCUUGUGGCUAUUAAGCCUGGUGCUGCUAUCUCGGGCGCCGCCGCGAAUGGCAAUGGACCACCAGGCACGCCCUCCAGGCAUGCGGCUUCUCAACAGGCAACUGGUGCUUCUGCUACCACCGAACUGACAACCUUGCUGCCCACCACAGCCCGCUUGUUACUACUUGCGGCCUAUUUGGCCUCUCACAACGCUGCGCGGCAUGACUUGACCGUCUUUUCGACCUUCCAUCACGGCCGCCGCAAACGUCGUGGCGGCGGCUUCGUGGCACCGAAGCGUGGUCGCCCUAGCAAGCACCGCAAGAUCUCGCGGAAACUUCUCGGUGCCCACGCCUUCGUCCUGGAGCGCAUGCUGGCGAUAUUUGCGGCAUUGCGUAGCGAGUGGGCUGCCGAUAGCAUGUUAAGUAGCGGGGGUGUGGUGGACGGGGACGUCGGCAUGGCCAUCUCAACACUGGCCAGCUUGAGACUGUUGAUGAAGGUUGGCACGGCCGGAGACCCGAUGGACAGGGGCGGCAAAUGGAGGAUCAAUGCAGGAUGGGACGUCGUCAGAGGCGUGGGAAGAAGCCUUGGCAUCGAAGUAGAGGAAUGGCUUGUUGACUAA